AUGAGCUCACGGCGAAUUACUUCCAAUGCACGCCGAUCGGCAGGCCAUGAGAAUCCACUUGGCCUACCUCGGACAGGUUCUGUACCGAUGAUGCAACGCGGUCUGCCUGCAAAACGAAAGAUACCACAUGUUCGCCAAGUCAUUGUCGUCGCUAGUGGCAAGGGAGGCGUAGGCAAGAGCACCGUAGCCGUGAACCUGGCGCUGGCUCUGUCACGAACCUCAGAGGGGAACAAGCCAAAGAGGGUAGGAUUACUCGACCUCGAUAUUUUCGGUCCGAGCGUACCUAAGCUCAUGGCACUGGAGCGUGUCGGUGCUCCACACACAACACCUCAGGGCGCGCUGAUACCCCUGAUCAACCAUGGCAUACCUUGCAUGUCCAUGGGCUUCCUACUACCAAUACCGGCUGGCUCGGACGACAAUAGCGAUACACCGAUCGUCUGGCGAGGCAUGAUGGUCAUGAAAGCAGUCCAGCAGCUUCUCUUCGAUGUCGACUGGCGAAUGCAAAAUGAUGACCUCGACUUGCUCGUCAUCGAUACUCCGCCCGGAACGGGCGACGUCCAUCUCUCGCUCUCCCAGCUCGUCUACAUUGAUGGUGCAAUCAUUGUUUCGACGCCACAAGAUGUAGCUAUCGUCGACGCUCGCAAGGGCGUUGCCAUGUUUCGCAAGGUCGGCGUUCCUAUACUCGGCGGGGUGCUCAAUAUGUCUCACUUUGUCUGCCCCGGCUCGCCGGAUGAGCCGCACUAUAUCUUUGGCACAGAUGAGCGCUUCCAAACAGUAAGCAAGAAGAUCGGUAUGCAAGUCCUUGCCAAGAUACCCAUUGAGGCAAAGACAAGCUCAGAUGGCGAUGCUGGUCAUCCUACCGUUCUAAGCACUUCAGCAAGCAUAGUCAAAGAUGCUUUUGUCGGCUUGGCGCGCAUAGUGGCAAGCAGACUCGAGUCAGCUUGA